CUCAAGUUUUCGCUCUUCUGUUACUUUUGUUUUGCUCUAUUCUGAUUUACUAGGGUUACACUUGCUCCCGUGACUAGCUCUCUUAUCGAUUUAUUGACCGCUCACUGUUUUAUCAUGGCUGACCCAGAGGAUGGAGAUGAUCUCUUUGCUGAUCUUUACGAUGCUGAUGAUUCCACCAAUCGCACCACUGAAGCGGUUGAGGCGCCGAAGCCUACUGAUCUAGGCGCGACCAACUUUGCUCCUACUGGAGACGGUGCUGGAGAGGGCUUCGCACCUGCCCCUGUUGCCACAUAUGAAUCGCACCCUCCUCAGCCUUCGAUGUUUGACCCGGGUUACCAAAAUGGCUCCGGAAACGCUUAUGGCGCCCCUGCCACUCCCCAGGCACCCCCUCCUGUCGAGACCGAGUCUCACGGAACAGGAAUCAAAGAAGACGGAAAGAUGUUCAUUGGUGGUCUGAACUGGGAGACUACAGACGAGUCACUCCGUGACUAUUUCUCUCAAUUCGGUGAGGUUCAGGAGUGCACCGUCAUGCGGGAUAGCGCCACUGGACGCUCUCGCGGCUUUGGGUUUUUGACUUUCCGUGACGCUAAGACUGUCAAUACUGUAAUGGUGAAGGAGCAUUAUCUGGAUGGAAAAAUUAUCGAUCCCAAGCGUGCUAUUCCUCGCGACGAACAGGAGAAGACUUCAAAGAUUUUCGUUGGUGGUGUUAGCCAGGAGGCUACUGAGCAGGACUUCAAGCAAUUCUUUAUGCAGUUUGGCCGUGUUGUGGAUGCCACUCUUAUGAUGGACAAGGACACCGGACGUCCUCGUGGAUUUGGUUUCGUUACUUUCGACGGUGAUGCUGCUGUUGAGAAGGCUCUCUCCCGUCCUCUUGAGAUUCUGGGCAAGCCAAUUGAGGUCAAGAAAGCCCAGCCCCGUGGCAACCUGCGUGAGAACAACGAACAACGCGGAGGGGGCCACCGCAACGGAGGAUACCGCGACCAAAACCAGAACGACGGAGGUCAGCAGCAAGCCCCUCAGCAGGGACAGGGUAGUUCGAUGACUCCUCAAAUGAUGGCCCAAUACUGGCAACGCAUGCAACAGUACUUUACCAUGAUGCAGCAGCAGAUGGCCGGUCAGGGAGGAAUGCCCGGCAUGAACAUGGGCGGUGCUAUGAACAUGAACCCCGCUAUGAUGGCCCAGAUGCAACAAAUGCAGCAGAUGCAGAUGCGUCAGCAGCAGCAGCAGCAGCAGAUGGGUGCCCAGCAGCAAGGUGCUAUGAGCCCCGGCCCCGGCCCUCAGAGCCCUGGCUCCCAGCAGGCCAUGCCCAACAUGAUGAACCCCGCUAUGAUGCAGCCCAACCAAGCCAAUGCCCCCGGUGGUCCAGGCAGCGAUUGCGCCAGCCCUGUCCCCAACGCCGCCGCUAUGGCCGCCAACUACAGUAACAACGGAACCCCAAACGCAGCCAGAGGACAGACUGGACCUGGAUACAAUGCGACCGAGCAGAUUGCCUUCGAGCAGCAAAAGUACGAACAACAGCAGAUUAACCGCUCGAUGGACCCUCGCGGUUUCUCGCCUUACCAGCAGCAGGGUGGCCCAACUUCGUGGGAGGGCAUGUACGAUGAAGUUCCUCAACCUCACGUCCCGACCGGACCAGCAGGUAUGAGACGCAUUGGAAGUUCGGGUAGUGGAACCACUCCUCAGCCCCAGAGCACUGCACCCGCUAAUGCUCCCACUGGACCCCGUAACGCCGGCAAGCCUGGUGCGAACUACCGUGGUGGUGGCCGAGGUGGACACCGCACCUUCCACCCCUACCAGCGCUAGUCUCCUCGUUGUGGCUCCUUCAAGUGACGCAUUUAGUCUCUUCUCGUUUCAGAUACAACUUCGUUUCUUUCAUGUGUUUUUUAAGUCUUUUUUUUUUUU